AUGAGUGACUCUCCUGUCAUAAACACUGCCACAAUAAUGACAAGGAAGACUUAUUUCGGUUGUCCUUGUCCACCAACAGUCUCAUUUCUCCGGCGACUAGGUUCAGCUCUAUUCUAUGCUACUUGUUCAAGUCUCAUUACAAUUGUUAACAAACUUGUACUCACAACCUAUGGGUUUCCCUCAUUUCAAUUACUUGCUGUCGGACAGCUAACUGUAACUGUUUUUGUAUUAUACUUGGCACGGUCGUUCAAUCUCAUUCGAUUUCCUCAUUUUUCCGAAAAUGUUGUCAAUAAAAUUAUGCCUUUACCAAUCUUUUUCUUUGGUAAUCUUCUCUUCGGUCUUGCUAGUACACAAGCCAUCAGUCUACCAAUGUUUACUGUUUUACGUCGAUUUUCCAUUUGGUUAACAAUGAUCGGCGAACAAUUGAUACUUCGACAAACACAAUCAUUAUCUGCACAAGCCAGUGUUUAUUUGAUGUUACUUGGCGCUGUGAUUGCUGUUAGUGACGAUCUAACAUUCAAUUGGUCUGGUUAUAUUUUUCUUAUUAUGAAUAAUUUCUCCACCGCUGCACAGGGGAUUGUUAUAAAACGCAAAUUAGUUAAUAAAGAUUUCAAUCAAAAUGGUCUUUUAUUCUACAAUUCAUUUGUUGUUCUCGGACCCGCUGUUAUUCUCACUUUUUUGACAGAGGAUCUCACAAAAGUUUGGAAUUAUGAUCGUUAUUCAGAUAUGGGUUUUAUCAUUGCAUUUCUUUUUUCAUCACUAAUGGGAUUUCUACUCAAUUAUUCCACAAUGCUCUGUACAAAUUAUAAUUCACCUUUGACAACAACAGUUGUCGGUGCAUGUAAAAAUAUGUUCGUGACAUAUUUGGGUAUGCUAAUUGGUGGUGAUUAUAUAUAUUCCCAUGUGAAUUUUAUUGGUCUCAAUAUCAGUGUUAUCGGCAGUAUUAUCUAUUCUUGGGUGACAUUUACUCGUAAAUCAUCAGUAACAGUACCACAUGGAAAUGAUUCGUCAACGGCAACAUUAGAGAAUCGAAAAACUGUUCAUAGUAUUGUUUAA